AUGUGGCAUGGGGAAGAUAUUCAUACCACACCAUCUUGUAAUGUAGAUUUUCCGUUUGAGUCUAUGGACUACAACGAUGGUAACACAGUGGAUAUGGUGAAUGAUGCUUACAAAAAUUGUUUUGGAGAUCCUAAGGCAUUUAGGGAACAACCAGAACAUGCUCAGAAACCUUUGUACCCAGGAUGUACAAAAUUAACUAAGUUAGGCACUUUGGUGAAGUUGUUCAAUAUCAAGGGUAAAUUUGGGUGGUCUGAUAAUAGUUUUACCGAACUACUGAGUUUUCUGACAAAAUUGUUGCCUGAAAACAAUGAAAUUCCAGAAUCCAUGUAUGAGGCGAAGAAAACAAUGUCCGCUUUGGGCUUAGAAUAUGUGAAAAUACAUGCUUGCCCAAAUGAUUGCAUACUCUAUCGAAAAGAGUAUGAACGACUUUCUAAAUGCCCUACUUGUGGUUUAUCUAGAUGGAAGAAAAAGGAUGGCAGAGUUGACCAAUAUAGGAAUGGUGUACCUGCGAAGGUCUUAUGGUACUUCCAACCCAUUCCUAGAUUUAGGCAUAUGUUUCAGUCAACUCAAACUGCAAAGGACUUGACUUGGCAUUCAAAUGCGAGGGCCAUUGAUGGUAAGCUCCGACAUCUGGCUGAUUCACCAUCAUGGAAGCUAGUUGAUGAGAAAUGGCCUACAUUUGCAUCGAAUCCUAGAAAUCUUCGUCUUGCCCUUUCAACUGAUGGAAUCAAUCCACAUAGCUCUCUUAGUAGUACAUAUAGUUGUUGGCCAGUUCUUCUUAUAACAUACAAUCUUCCGCCAUGGUUGUGUAUGAAACGGAAAUUUAUGAUGUUGUCCCUAUUGAUUUCUGGUCCUCAACAACCGGGCAAUGACAUUGAUGUGUACUUGGCUCCUUUGAUAGAAGAUUUACAAAUUUUGUGGAAUGUUGGGGUAGAUGCUUAUGAUGUCAACAAAAAGGAAUUCUUUAAUUUAAGAGCUGUGUUACUAUGGACUAUAAAUGACUUUUCAGCAUAUGGGAAUUUGGCGGGUUGCACCGUUAAAGGGUACAAUGCAUGUCCAUAUUGUGGUGUAAACACACCCAAAUGUAGACUUAAACAUAAUAGAAAAAAUGCAUAUAUGGGUCAUCAUCGGUGGCUUCCUUCUAAUCAUGAAUUCAAAUGCCAAGCGAAAGCCUUUGACAACACAACAAUAGAGCAUGGCCAAGCUCCGAAAUCGUUGAACAGUGAUGAGAUUUUACAGCUAGUUGAGUCUAUUGAACAUGAAUGGGGAAAGAGCAAGACUAAGAAACGCAAAAGGAUCGACAAUGAUGAACGUGUUUGGUGGAAGAAAAAAUCCAUAUUCUAUAAUUUAGAUUAUUGGAAGUACUUGCUGGUGCGACAUCUAUUAGAUGUUAUGCACAUUGAAAAAAAUGUGUGUGAGAGCAUAUAUGGAACACUGUUGCACAUUCCUAGAAAGACCAAAGAUGGUCUUAAGUCAAGGAAGGAUCUUGUGGCAAUGAAAAUUAGGGACAAAUUAGCACCAUUAGUAAAAGGUAAGCGUAUCUUUCUUCCCCCAGCUUCUUACACAUUAACUAGAGAUGAAAAGGUAAGCUUUUGCAAAACUUUGAAGAGUAUCAAGGUUCCUGAUGGGUAUUCGUCAAACAUCAAGAAUCUUGUGUCAAUGAAAGACUUUAAACUUCAAGGCCUAAAGUCCCAUGAUUGUCAUGUUCUUAUGCAACAACUUUUACCCAUUGCACUUCGGUGUGUUUUGUCAAAGCAUGUCAAAGAUGCUAUUAUCAGGUUUUGUUUCUUCUUCAAUUCCUUGUGUGCAACUGUGGUUGAUGUGUCAGUAUUGGAUAAAUUGGAGACGGACAUCAUAGUGACUUUGUGCUUGUUGGAAAAAUGUUUUCCCCUAUCUUUUUUCGACAUUAUGGUUCAUCUUACUGUGCACUUAGUCAACGAAAUUAGACUUUGUGGUCCUGUCAUCUUCGUUGGAUGUAUCCUUUUGAGAGAUACAUGA